AGCUACAUGUUGUGCAUAGAAAAUGACCAAUCGAAGUCACGGCGAGGAUUAAACGCUUCUCCACGGGUUUUUUUUUGUCUCUCUAUGGGAAGCCGCGGCGCUCGGAUACUUGUUCAUACAGCCGCCGGCGGCGCUAACUGCGCUUGAAAGACCCGCGGCAGGUGGUGAUGUUUCGGGACUCCGGCUGCAUCACAUGACGGUGGUUUUUCGGUCGCAUCGCUUUUCGUCCAUCCAACGUCAUGUGAAGGGGGGAGCGUAGCUUUUCUCUCUCUCUCUCUCCCUCUCCAGCCGGGACCCUCCUCCGCCAGCCUCUCCCGGCUCGUCGGCGGUAGGUCUAUGGGGAAAGCAGCCGCUCCCUGCAGCGGGUCCGGCGGCUUCGUCUCCAUCCUCACCGCGGUGCCCUGUUUGUCCUGCAAGCCGCAGCCUCCGGCCGAGCGCAGGAUGAGCGACCAGGGCAGGAGUUGCUCGUCUUCGGCGUCCGCUCCGGCCCCAGCGCCGGGGUCCGACACCUACAAGGGGUGGCUGUUUAAAUGGACUAACUAUUUGAAAGGGUACCAGCGCCGGUGGUUCGUCCUCAGCAAUGGCCUGCUGUCGUAUUACAGGACCCAGGCAGAGAUGGCCCACACCUGUCGGGGCACAAUCAACCUGGCCAUGGCGCACAUCGACACCGAGGACUCCUGCAACAUCGUGCUCAGCAGCGGGGGGCGCACAUACCACCUGAAGGCCAGCUCGGAGGUGGAGAGGCAGAGAUGGGUCACCGCCCUGGAGCUGGCCAAGGCCAAGGCCAUUCGGAUGAUGCAUGACCAGUCAGAUGACUCUGGGGACGAGGAGCCUGCCUCCCCGUCGGACAGGAGCGAGACCCACAGCACGCUGAAGACCCUCGCCAGCAAGCUCGACGACCUGAGCACGUGCAACGACCUGAUCGCCAAGCACGGGGCGGCGCUGCAGCGGUCGCUGAGCGAGCUCGAGAGCCUCAAGGUGCCGGCGGAGGGCGGGGAGAAGAUCAAGGCCGUGAACGAGCGCGCCACUCUCUUCAGGAUCACUUCCAAUGCUAUGAUCAAUGCGUGCCGUGACUUCCUGGACCUAGCCGAGAGCCACAGCCGGAAAUGGCAGCGAGCCCUGCAGUAUGAGCGAGAGCAGAGGAUCCGCCUGGAGGAGACCAUCGAGCAGCUAGCCAAGCAGCACAACAGCCUGGAGAGAGCCUUCCGGGAGGCGCCCACGCUCGCCAACCCCCCCACUGCCCCCAACACUGCCCAGGGGAGUGUGCGGCCUUUGAAAGGGGAGGCCAGUGACGAAGAUGAGGAGACGGAGUACUUUGAUGCCAUGGAGGACGCACCUGCCUUUAUCACAGUGACCGCAGACCACAAGCAGCACAGACGUUCAGGGAGCAAUCUGAGUGGCGCAAGUGGAGGACAGCAUAAUGACUGGAACCUCGAGGACCAGGGGUUCGACAGUCAGCACCAGGCCAGCUGCAACGACUCUGCUGGGAGUGAGAUCCAGCUGCACAAGAAGAGGCGGUCCCGCAUCCCGGACAAGCCCAACUACAGCCUCAACCUGUGGAGCAUCAUGAAGAACUGCAUCGGCAAGGAGCUGUCCAAGAUCCCCAUGCCUGUGAACUUCAACGAGCCCCUGUCGAUGCUGCAGAGGCUGACGGAGGACCUGGAGUACCACGACCUGCUGGACCGGGCGGCCAAGUGCGAGAGCUCCCUGGAGCAGCUGUGCUACGUGGCGGCCUUCUCCGUGUCCUCCUACUCCACCACCAUCCACCGCACGGCCAAGCCCUUCAACCCGCUGCUGGGAGAGACCUACGAGCUGGACCGGCUGGAGGAGCAUGGCUUCCGCUCCCUGUGCGAGCAGGUGAGCCACCACCCACCGGCUGCUGCCCAUCAUGUCUACUCGCGGAGGGGCUGGACGCUGUGGCAGGAAAUCACCAUCGCCAGCAAGUUCAGAGGAAAAUACCUCUCCAUCAUGCCACUGGGUGCCAUCCAUUUACAGUUCCACUCCAGCGGGAAUCACUACGUGUGGAGAAAAGUCACAUCCACGGUCCACAACAUCAUAGUGGGGAAGCUGUGGAUUGACCAGUCGGGCGACAUAGACAUUGUCAACCACAGAACGAAGGAGACCUGCCAGCUGAAGUUCUCUCCCUACAGCUACUUCUCCAGAGACGUCCCCCGCAAGGUCGCGGGUGUGGCGACGGACAGCGAGGGCAAGGCCCACUACAUCCUGUCGGGCACGUGGGACGAGAAGAUGGAGUGCUCCAGGGUCGUGCACAGCAGCCACGGCGCCAGCAGCUCCGAGGGCAAGCAGAAGACGGUGUACCAGACGCUGGCGCCCAAGCUGCUGUGGAAGAAAUACCCCCUCCCGGAGAACGCGGAGAACAUGUACUACUUCUCCGAGCUGGCGCUGACGCUGAACGAGCCGGAGGAGGGCGUGUGCGUGACGGACAGCCGGCUGCGGCCCGACCAGCGCCUGAUGGAGGGCGGCCGCUGGGACGAGGCCAACGUGGAGAAGCAGCGGCUGGAGGAGAAGCAGCGGGCGGUGCGGCGCCGCCGGGAGGCCGAGGCCGCCGACGCGCUGGACGGCGGGAGAGAAUAUGAAGGCUACCAGCCCCUGUGGUUUGAGAAGAAGGUGGACGUCAUCACAGGAGAGGCAUCCUACGUGUACAAGGGAGGGUACUGGGAGGCCAAAGAAAAGCAGGACUGGAAGGUGUGCCCUGAUAUCUUCUGAGCUGUUCAAGGGCCUUGGUGACGGACAUAGGAGUUUCUACAGCAGUUGAAGAGGGAAUGUCUCACUUGAAAUACAUAUAGAUGGUACAUAUGUGUAUAUACUGUACUGUGUGCCUGUACAUAUUUCUGUAUACACACACAGUAUAGAGGGUGUUUCAGAUGCCACGGUCAUUGUUUUGCUUUUAUUUUGUCUAUAAAUUUUCCUCUAUCCGUUCCACGUUGCACUGGAGCAGGAUACGCGAAGGGAGCCUCUGUGCUGAGCCGGUGUGCAUGGAGAGACAUGGCACGUCUCUCCACAGCCUGUCGCCGGCUCACAGACGUCUGAAACACCCUCCGCGUGCGUCUACGCGCUGAGACGGACCCCAGGCAGGAGAGACUCGAGAUGCUCUUCUCUCCACGCUGAGGCGGACAGCUACAGAACAGAGACCCGGAGAGCCUGCAGCAUGAGACAAGACCAUGCUGCAGAGGCAGUGGUGGCAUUUGUCAGCCAUUUAAGAAAACGGGGGCAGUGUCAGUCUGUAUGGCAUGCAGAGUUCAGCAUCUUGUACUAGGUAGCAAACUCUGACUUGUGUGUCUUCCCUCACACAGCAGCUGCCUGGUUAUGAGGGGCUGUUCUGUCUGUGAACAUCUGUAAGUUGUUCCUGUAAAAAGCACUUUAACAUACUUACGAACAAAUCAGUCUGUGGGCUCUGCACUGAAACAUAAAAACCCGACAGGCUCAUUUUCUUUCAAUAUUUUAUGGGGUUUUCUGAUUUCUUCCAAAAGACCCAGAAGGCAGAGAGCAGUGGCACCUGCCAGAUGUUCACAGCUGUGCUUCCACUCCAUCAGUCUGUGCAGAGGUUCCUCACUGCUCCAUGCGUAGAGAAGUAAGGUAUUUCUGAAUGGUCCUCGAGUGGAGUUGAACAGUGUUCGCGUCAUUAUUUGUGCUCUCACUCACAAUCAUGGCACACUGUGACCUGCUGUGACGGAACAUGGUAGAAUUCACCUCUCUUCAGUUUUGAAGGACUGCCCUGUUUUGAUUAGCAUGGACUUUUCCCAGUGUGCGAAUGACUUCUCUGUGUGCGCCAGCUCAUUAGUUAGAGCUUUGAAUUUGGCUGAGCUUUAAUUUAGGCCCUUCACAGCCUGCAGAGGGCUGUGUUACAAUACUGGUAUUGCAAUCUAAGCCAGGAAACAGGUAGAAAAUAUAACAUAAAGGUUGUGUGCAACAUCCUUCAAACAAAUUGAGAUAAUGCCCCUGGUGAAUAGAAUUGUUUGGAAUUUCCUUAUUUUAAUAGUUUUUUUUCUGGAAAAAAAGGGAAGCCCUGAACCCAUUUUAAGUGUCUCACGUUUCCACUGCCUGCAGUUUCAGCUGGCUGUGUUUGUCUGGUGAUGCCAUGUUAUUUAAACAGGCAGCUCUCAAUAGUACAUCUUAGUGAUCAUUUACUUUGACGGUUUGCUAAACAAUUAUUUACACCUGGACACAAUUAAUGAAAUUGGAUUCAAGCAAACUGUACAGUACACAAGUGUGUGCCUUUGAGCCAAAACCAUAGUGUUACACCUUAGAAAUCUGUUAUAGAUCUGUCAUUUUCAUGUUUAUAAUAAAUUUGGAUUUUUAUCGCUUUUCAACAGGGGAUUACUUCCAAUUUCCAAUUUUAGCAACUAAGCAUCAUUUAAAGGAACAGUUUUAGAGGUUCAUGCCUAGUUGUAAGCGUUUCCCUAAAAUGUUUGACUGAAAAUUCAUUAAACGAAAGCUAAUGCUAUAUUGUAGUAUCAAAUAAACAGGAGUGCAUUUUAGCAUAUGGCUCCAAAGGCAGUGUAUUUCAAGCUAAAGCUUCAGACAGUCAGAGAGUCUGAUAGUCUCCCCAAGCAUCCCUGAUGAUGAUGAGCUAAUGAAUGCCGCUAGUCCAACCAACAGCACAAGAUUUCUUCAAGACUUGAUUAAACUGAUGAAAAAUGUCAGGAACCCAUCGAAAUCCAAAUGCUUACCAAUACAAUGGCAGCUGCCUUUCUGUAAUCUUUCAGGAGAUAAGGGCAUUUUUAAAGGCACGAAAAUUCAGCUUCCAAGAUGUGAAACAAAUGUGAAAAUUAUAAUGAUUUUAUUGACUCAUUCCCUCUUUAUUGAACAGACUCCUAGUUCAAUUUCCAUAUUCUGUUAUCAAGUAGCCCUUGUGUUUACCACUAUCCAUGGUAUUGCUUACACGUCUGGUUGUUAUUUCCCAUUUCAGAUUCAAUAAUCCUAAAGCUUUAAAGGCAGCGUUUGAGGUCACAUUUAAUUAGAAAUCUAAUUAACAAUUAGGAAGGCAAAGAAAAUAAAUGUAAACGAUUAAAAAACUAUUACAAGCCUAUUACCUUAUGUUUUGUACCUAGCAAUGACAUUCAGCGCAUAAUUUGAUAGUAUAAUACAUUUUAAAGGAGGUGAACCAAAACAUAUUUGAAAUGUAUCUGAAGAAUUUGGUGUUUGCUGCCUUCUUACAACUUUGAAAACCUGUUUACCCCAGAUUUUCAGUACCGACUCUGAAGCUGGGCUUGCGACUUGUACAGUGGCUGCCAUUCUUCCUCCUGUUUCCAGAGCUGUACAAACAGUAACAGCUCGUCUAGUUCUGUUCAUUUCAGGCAGAUCGCUUACAUUCAAUUGCUGCAAAGCUUAUGGGAUUCGUGCAGGUAAUACAGGAACGCAGACUGCAACCAUCAUUCAAGUCCAUUAAUUGCAGGAUUCAGACCUGUCUAUGACUUACAGCAGUAAUAUACAUGUAAGUCACUGAACACAAUGUUCAGUGUGAUGUUCAGUGUGUUUUGCUGAAGAAAAGCAAGGCAGGUGGCAUAACUGUUUAGAGGGAAUGAGUUAACCAGCAAUGCCAAGAGUCUGUGGCUCUGUCAGCGUGCUCCGCGCCGUACAUCACACAAUCAGCCUAGAAUAAGCAACCUUGACUUCUGUUGUGUGUCACCCAGGCUGUGUAAUGAGGCUGGAUCGUACUGCUCCAGUGAACAGGUGCUCAUUAAAAUACCAGCGAAAGCAGAGCCUAGGGGCUACCUGAUCCAGCAGGAGGUGACGCGCUGGGAAAAGAGUUUUAGAGGACAACUAUUACACUGAGACCGGGUACAGAGAAGACUGAACGGCAAGCAGUUUGCAUAUUAUAGACAAUAAAAAUUAUACAAGCGAUUCCAUUAGUUGGUAUGUAUUUAGUAAGACUGGUGGUGAAUUGCAAGGAAGUAACAAAGUUGGUUUAAUAUUCCUAUAACCGGGGAUCUAGGCCUGUAUAUCUGGAAGGGUCUUUGGGUCUUUGGGAAUAUUUCUGAAACCAGCAACACCAUAAGUGAGUAACAGUUACAAUAAUAGUUAUUGUACAUAGUUAAUUUGUGCAGUUCUAGAGGAGAGAUUGGAAAUCUCAUUUUUAAAUUGUUUCUAGAAAAAAGAAAAAACAAAAAAAUGUUUGUUCUUCCAAGUUGUAGUGGCACUUUUAUUUUUUUUAAAAAAGGAGAACAAUCUUAUUUGGCCUCUGUAAAGAAUUGCUUUUUGCUUGGUAAUAGGUAGACGGUGUCAUGAAAGUAGUGUUCACUAGUUCAAAACAAAAAGGUAAAAUGUUUGGGAGUAGUGAAACACUAAAACGUUUGGAAAAGCAACACUUCAACAAAAGCAUUCUUUGACUUCCCUUUGCCAUGGUCCUCGUCUCAGUUAUCAUGACCUGGAAAGGGAGAAGAACACACUGGCACCACUAAGCAAGGUCACCCAUUUGAAACUGCAGAGCUCAAACAUGUCAAACAAACGUUUAUACGUCCUCUUGAUUUGACUUUCUACUGUCUGUGUCCUCCUGUUUCUUAGUCACUCUCUGCUCUAAGGCUUGUUUCAGAAGCAGUGAGGUUUUUCUCACUGGUUCUCCUUCAAACCACUCUGCUUCCACUCUAAAUACUUUUUUGUCUCUGAAACCCCAAUCUGAGAGACUUCUCAGAGUCGCCCAGAAGUGUACAAGCUGUGUAUUUCAGUGUCAGACUGUUGAUGAGAAGCACCAAGUGUAACACUGAUGAUAUUUCCCAAUCCGCUGUCCCCUGUCCAGCUCUGAGGAAGUUUUAGGUAGCCACACUUAACACAUAUAUUCAUCCUGUGCCAUCUGAUGUUAUCUGACUUGUCUUCUGUGCUCAUCUUCAUCAGUCCACUUGCGUACCAGUCCAACAAGAAAAAGCAGAGGGGGUCUCGAGCAGAGGAGGCUGUAGGAAAAGCUAUGCUUGCUGGUAUUGUUGGUGGUGUGAAGGAUUCCUAGCAGUCACGUAGAAUAGAUGCCUCCAAAACUCCUGAGCCAAGCUACAGGGAAAUGCAGAUGGCAAAUUGGUCCACCGACUGCUCCCUCAGCCCUUCAGGCUAUACGGUUUGAAGUCCAUGGACAGAGCAUUGUGGGUAGUGCUACACUAUGGUUGGCAAUUCUUUGUCUGCUCUCAGGAUACUUAAUGGCCUUUAUUUCCUUUGACACCCUUCCUGAAAUUCUCAGAAACACUAAAGCACACCAUUUGGAAACAAAGAACUUAACAUUAAUAGACAUUAGGUUAUGUCACCAAGAACUAUAGUUACGAUAUACUGUAGAUUACAUAGCAUAGGAUCAUAUUAAUUAUAAUAGAGUACAGAGAAUGUCCCACAUUCUUAGAGUAUCGCCAAGCUUCCAUCUGUCUGCCAACCAAAAAUUAGAUUAGAUACUCCUAUCUGUCAUUAUUGCUAGAUUGUACAUAAGUCACAGAUAUUGUAAUCCUAUAGUGUAAGCUUUGGAAAGGUGAGAUGGAGCGAGUGAGACAGAAUUAUUACCUUUUUUUAAAAAUACUAAAAAUGAAAAUUAUGCAGAAGAUGACCAUUGGAAAGGCACACAAUUAAAAUAUGAAGUGAAAUAAACUCAUGCAAAACGUAAUGUUUUCUCCUGUUUAUUGUGAGUAGCUUUAAAGUUUAACCUCAGAGAUGUGGCGCAUGACAAGCAGGAGGAGGAAGAGUGAAUCGAAUAUCUGGUGAUCUGGAGCUUUAAGCACCCUAGAGAUCUGUCCUUAGGAGAUGUUGCUGUUCUAACAUUAGAAUAUUCAUAUUAUAAUAUUAUAUUCUAGCCAGUGUUUUAAAUGUGAACAUAUUUGGAGGUGACAAGCCCAUUGUAACACUGUUCCGUUUAGCAAUAAUGGCGUAUGGAAAUGGAUGACAUUGUUAAAACGUAAUUCUAAUGUACUUAGCUCUGCUUUGCCGAUACCAAAGCAUACAGGCGUGUAAAAAGAAAUCCACCGAUACUUUGUCUUCUCGACAAAAGUCCUGGAGAUGGUAAAUGUGACAACUAAAUUGUUUGUUUUUUUAAAAAAAACAGCUUAUACAGUGGGUUUUCUAAUUUAGUUUUCUUUUCACAGAUGCUUUUAUUUUGUGUAACCCUUUUGUUUGUUUUCUCCACCUGCUCUCUGGAGGUUGAGGUAAAAUAAUGAAGACAGUUGUGCUGUCUGAGUUUUAUGCUCUUUCCUCUCUGGCAGCUUCUGCCGUUUGGUUUGAGAUUUGUGCUGGGGUGGGGGACUGCACCUGUGGCCUGGUGCUUGAUCUAACCUGGCAGUCCUGGGGCUUCUGGGCGAGCCAGUGCCCACCAAUACCUUACAAAGGGUGAGGAGGUGCUUGAGACUGUUGCACCUCUCUGUUCCAGUAACCCCAGGGGCUCACUCGAAUCUGUCCAGUGGCUUUUUAAGCUUCUACUGGGGUUGUUUUAAAUUUGUUUCCUUAAUUUAUACAAAUGUAACUUCUUUAAACAGAAAAAAAGGAUAAUAAAAGUUUUUGUUGAACCUU